AUGAACUCCAACUCUCGCAAUGAAAGGCUGCCGCAGCCAGAAUCAGAAAUCGAUAAAAAAAUCAAUGAAAACGCUCCGAUGAUUACCAUCGGCGCACCUUCAGAUCAUGGUUCGACUGAUACAGAGCACCAAGCCCCUAAACCAAACUCAUCAAAGACCGAAAAAACCGACCGAGGACCACUAUCCAAGGGACUGAGCACACAAAAUAAGGCGAAUCCAUUAGUCGACCUUCAAUCCUAUAAAACCUCUGCUUCUCUCUGCAAAUCCAAGCACACACACACUGUUGACCGGAUGGAGCCUCCUCCCGCGAUGAAUUCGGAGGAAAAAUUCGGUUCUCCCAAUUUCAAAGCUGAAGCUUUACAUGCUCAGCCGAAACCUGCUAUAGCAAACGAAGCCAAGUCGGCGUUUACGUUCUCUAUGAGGAUGCAAGACCCCCCUAAAAACAAUGCUCCGCAGGAUACUCGAGAGGGCGCGCAACCGAGCGCAGGGAAGCCAAAGCUUUUCUCAUUCAACGUAACGAACACAAUGCCAACGACUAAACAACAAUCUUUGACUUUCCAGGAUCCCGGUCUGGUCUCUGCAUUCUCUGAUGUUCCAGCAGAAGAAUAUCCAAAGUCAAAUUUUUUCUCCUCAACAUUUCAGACCGGCCUGUUUCUUGGAUUGCAGCUGGCGAGGGAAUCUGCGGGCUUGAUGGAACAGCUUCUCGUCCAUCAGGGAUCCUAUGAAUGUGCCCUGGAUUCUACCCAGGUGAACUGUCAGAUAAAACAAAUGAAACGGGCUGGCGAAUUGAACAACUUUUUCAAUACCGAAACAAUUGCAUUUUUGGGGAGCACGCUAGCGGGAAAAAGCAGCGUAAUCAACUCACUACUCGACUUUCCGAGACUUGCCACAGCCGACGAUUUUGGCUCGGCUGUUACUUCGAUUGUCACUGAAUAUAGGCAAAUGAAGCCCAGUCAAAGUCAUCGGAUCCAAGUUGAAGUCGAGUAUCUCUCUGGAGUGGCCAUGAAAGAUCAUGUCAAUGAGCUGCUGUGGAGCUUCCGCCGCGCGUUUCUUCCAGAUGUUGCAAAGGAUUCAUUGACUGCCGCCGACUUGAAAGAAAUUAAGGAAGCUUGGUCUGCUCUGGAGUCUGCAUUUGGCAACGAGAAAGAAUUUAACCGAAAAUUCCUGUCGGAUAAAUCCGAGGGGGCUUUUGAGAAAAUAGCAGAGCAACUGAUCAAGUGGACGAAGACAAUUCCAUGGCCUACUGAUGCAUCUGAUGGAAAAUGGGUGACAUACGCAGAAACUGCAGAGGAGUUUUACACAAAAACAAGCCUGUUCAUGCAGAACAGAAUCUGGCCCUUUACAAAGAUCAUGCGAGUAUACAUCGACGCUCCAAUUCUGAGAGCAGGUCUUGUCAUUGCAGAUCUGCCUGGGCUUCUUGAUACAAGUCUCGCGAAGGUUAAAGCGGCUCAGGAAUAUCUUUCAAGAUGCGAUCGUGUCUUCCACGUCACUGAUAUACGUCGAGCACUAACCAACCAGCUUCUCGAGACAUCCUUAUACUCUACAGCUCCCCAUGACGCAUCGACAAGCGAAGGGGGGUCCACAAAAAGAUGGUCACGUACUGCGGUCAUUUGUACCAUGUCCGAUGCAAUUGAUGAAGCUGGAGCCGAAAGACACUUGCGAAGUUCUGGAAAAGUGAGGAUGUUAGAGGCAAUGGAAAGCAUAGAAGAUGGGAUUCGGAAGGUGGAAACAACGAAAGAUUCAGUUCUAAUGACAGAACUCCAGUGGAAGUACAUCAACCAUUUCCUGCUCAGACAGACCGGGAAUCUUCUAGUUUUGCUGACUUUGGAUAGGAAGAAAAUGCUUCUCAUAGAAGCUCGGAACAGACGCGUAGAAGAUGGACUCAAACGGAUGUACAAGAGCAGCCAGGAGGAGGAAGAUCUGAACGUUUUUUGUGUUUCGAACCUAUUUUAUGGCCAGUACUGUUCUCAGAGAUCAGUUACGACAACUCAUGAAAAAAGAACCAUGAGUGGUAUCCCCGCUCUGAGAAAGUUCUGCUACUCUACGCUGGCAGAUUCGAGGCUACAGGAAGCUAAAAACUUCCUUCUUACUACGUUGCCAAGUGCUCUUGCUUCGAUUGGCCUACGCAGUCAGUCCUUGGAAGUUGGGCCCUCUUGCUCAAUUAAAAUGAUUCUUAAGAAGGUCGAUCUCAAAAAGAAACGGAUUUUGCGGUAUCUCGAAAGAAGUAAGAAAAAUGUACAGAAUUUCUUCCAGGAAUCGGUACUCAAAUAUGCCGAGAUCCAUCACAAUGACUGGCAAAAGGCGGCAAAUCAGAAAGGACUGGAAUGGCUGGACUUAUCGUGGGUGGACUAUCAAGCUUUUUGCCGCAAAAAUGGUCGACAUUUGAAUUUAUUUAAUAAGCCCGUUGAUUGGAACAGUGAACUGAUUGAGGAAAUGAGACUGGGGUUGAGCGGAAGGUGGAACGGCGUGGAAAGAAGCCUUUCUGCAAUUCUUCCAGAACUUCAUGGAUUCAUUGAGAACUGCUUCCGGGAAUUGAGGUUUGAUUUGAUGGGUCCGGGCAAGGCCAAAGCUCUGCGUGAAAAGGUUCAAGGCCGAAUCGAAAAUGGAACACUUUUCCCGAAUAUUAUGUCAGCUGUCUCAUGCGGAAUGAAAGAUGCAUCCCAAAAGGCGUUUGACGAAUUGGCCACAAAAAUUACCGACGGCGUCAUUGCCCCUAUCAUUGGAGAUAUCCAUUCAGUCUAUUCAACCAUCACUCUGGCGAAGAAGCCGAUCGACGAAUGUGAAGGGAAAUUGAAGGACAUGCCAUCUUUGGAAAUGCUCCAACUCAGGUGUCGCUACUUGGAUCAGCGAUAUAAAUGGAUCAUCAAACAGAUUGAAUAG